AGGGAGAAUGAGAGAGGUUUGGCCAGGCGAGCGCACAGUGGAGCUACGCGCCGGACAACCAGGCAACCGCGAGUCCUCUUCAGUGGAGCUGCUGCGCAUCGCAGGGAAGCCGAGGGAGACGCAGUUUUCCAGCAUGAAUCGCGCUUUUAACAGGAAAAAAGAUAAAUCAUGGAUGCACACUCCAGACGCACUGGCGAAACAUUACAUCGCGUAUAACGCCAAGUUUCUUGGAAACACAGAAGUGGAUCAACCUAAGGGCACAGAGGUUGUAAGGGAUGCAGUCAGAAAGCUUAAGUUUCAAAGGCAUAUCAAGAAGUCUGAAGGCCAGAAAAUUCCAAAAGUGGAACUACAGAUCUCAAUCUAUGGAGUGAAACUAUUAGAUCCUAAGACAAGAGAUGUGCUGUAUAAUUGCCAGUUGCACAGGAUAUCAUUUUGCGCUGAUGACAAAACAGACAAAAGGAUAUUCACAUUCAUCUGCAAAGACUCCGAGUCCAACAAACACCUUUGCUAUGUGUUUGACAGUGAAAAAUGUGCAGAGGAGAUAACACUAACCAUCGGCCAGGCUUUCGACUUGGCCUACAAGAAGUUCCUGGAGUCUGGCGGAAAGGAUGUGGAGACAAGGAAACAGAUAGGAGGCUUGCAGAAAAGAAUUCAAGAGUUAGAAACGGAGAACUCCGAGCUGAAAAAGCAGCUGCAGGCUGUGGAGGAGCAGCUGGUGCUGGCUCAUGUUUCGCCCCUGCUGCACAUAAACUCUACUAACGAAGCCUAUAUGACGCAGAGACCUUCAUCUCUCUUCUGGUGUCACAACCUGACAUCGUUCUCGUGUUUAGAAAUCUCUUCCGUCACUCUCACUCCUAUGAGCUCUCCUGACUCCAACCUGUCUGCAGGACUACUAACCCCUCCUCCUGCUAAACCCACUCUGCCAAAGCCCUGCAACGGAUACAGCAUUCCGCGGCCUCGUGCUGGCAGCAUCUCCAUGAAGGCCCCCCCCACCGAUAUUUUCGACAUGGUCCCGUUUUCUCCCGCGCCUGCGCUGGCACCGAUACCUGCCAGCAACGGCACACCCCCGCCCCCACCCGCUACGAGACCCCCUGAGAUACGAAAAGACCUUUUCGGCGCUGAGCCCUUCGACCCGUUCAGCUGUGGGGCCGCCGACUUUCCCCCCGACAUCCAAUCCAAGCUGGACGAGAUGCAGCUCUGCUUUUAAGGAUAGAACAUGAGGAAUGUUUACGGCUGCAUUAGUUCACCCCUGUGUCCUUUUCGCUCCUGCACGGCUGUUAUAAGAUCUAUGUAUUUUAUGAAGAGAGUACAGCUAGAUUAAUAUACUUGCAUUAUAUUGACAGUGCCUGUUUGUGUGUUGAAAAAAUCCUGUUUAUAAUAAAAAAGCUCAUGUUUCUGCUCCCAGGAGCAGGGAAGCAAAGGUUAGCUUAUCUCAUUUCUUCAGAUUUUUCACUAUUGUGUAUGAGCUGCAGUUAGGUUUCUUGUAAAAUGAGUAGCUAAAUGGGUCUGCAUCUUGUACUUAGUUCUUCAGUAUUUUUUUAUAUAAAACAGGUCCAGGUAUUAUGAAAGAAGGAAACAUUCAAUACAUGAUUACAUUCAUGUAAAACAAUUUCGUUUUUAUGUACCAUCAAGUCAAGCAUGUCAUUGCUUCAGAAAACCUGAACAAUUUAUAGAAACACACAUUCAUUUAUUCAUUGUUUAUAUUUCAUUGUGUUGGUUUGUAUUAAUGGUCAUGAUUUUGGGUGUUAAGCUGCACAGAUUCUGCACAGACACACUGAUAUUUAAGUCAUUUGGUUAUUUUAAUCAUUUGAUUUAUAAUAAACACUCAACCCAGAGGCCCCAUAACAUCAGCCAAUCCAUACACAGGUAUCAUAUUCCAUCUGUGUGGCAUUAUGCCCUAAAACAAGACCAAUAAUUUCAUAAUU